AUGGAGCGAGACAGACGUCUUCCCGAUCACGGCAUCCCACCAGAGCCUCCAACGGUCGACUCCACCCCCGCCUUACCCUCCCCAAGGGUCGACGCUGGGACGGUUCCUGGCUCCUUCGCAUCAACGGAGCGCGCCCCCAGCACUUCCGGGAUUCUCGACCGCGCAUCCGGUUCCUCGGGAGGAGUGGUCGAGCGCACCGGCAGCACUUCCCUUUACACUCCCAGAUGGGCACGCGGGGCAGCGGGAGCGCCCGUACCCCCUUCCGCCAUGGCCUCCGCGGCUGCCGCCGCAACAGCCGCCGCGUCAGCCUCCGCGUCUGCCGCCGCCGCAGCCGCCGCGGCUGCAGCCGUGCCUGGUUCGGACCCAACCACUCCUAGCGGCCCGCUGACGGCUCCGUUAGACGUCAGUUUCACGUCGACGAACCCCCCGACUCCGUUAGGGUUUCAGCAAGGCUUCCCAGUUUUUCAGCCGCGGGAUCCGGAGCGCGACAGGCGGAAUCUGUCAAUGGAGAUGCCGGAGCCCCCCCCUCGGCGGAGAACCCGCCCCGUCUCUUCCGCCAUCUACCCCCGCCCCCAUCCCGCCGUUUCCCCCGGAGAUGGCGCAGCGCACCGCGUAAUGGGCAGCGACUUGAGCGGAGACGCGCGGCUGUGGUCCCCGUCGCAGCACCUCCAGCGCGGGCGCAUGCCGGAAGCCGCCUUCCCCAGUUACCGCCCGGGCGACAGCGGGAUUCUCCGCGGCGGGAGGAGGCCCGGCGGGCCGAUGUCCGGGCAGUUUCCCGGCCCGGGCAUGGGAAAGUCAGGCAUGAUUGGCCAGUCGGGGCUGAUCGGGCAGUCGGGAAUGUUUCCGCCACCGUCGGCGAUCCCCCAGUCGGGGUCGUGGGGGGGGACUGCCCCGAACACGCCGAGCAUACCGAAAUCGAACAUAGUGCAGAAAUCCAUGAUCAUGUGCAUGGAUCCGACGUCGUCGAAAGACGGGCGCGGAGGGGGGAGGCGGGGGAGCGACGGGGGCGGGGACGGCGGAGGGGACGGGGGAGAAGGCCGCGGAGGAAUAGACGAUUUUGAGUAUGAUUUCGACGAGUUUGAUUUUGAGGAUGACGAGGAGUAUGACGAGGAGACGGGCGGGAAGCGAACAAUCAUUCGUUGCUGCGGCCUGCCAUGCUUUGUCUUCACCAGCCGGGGCAAGCGCCGGUCGCCCAUGCUCGGGUUCUUCCGGUUCGUGGAGGGGCUGGUGCAACCCGUGGGCAUUCUCAACCCGCACUCGAGGUUCGUGGCGCAGUGGAACAAGUGGUUCAUGGUGACGUGCAUCUUUGGCUUCUGUAUCGACCCCUGGUUCCUCUUCACGCUCCUCACCAUGUUCUCGCCCUCCAAGGUCACCCUGUGUUUGGACAUCAACUACCCGGCUGCCAUCACUCUCACUGUCAUGCGUUCAAUCGUGGAUCUCAUGUAUCUAAUCAACAUAUUCGUACAGUUCCGUAUGGCAUACUUUGUCCCGGCGCCCAGCAACCGCUCCUAUCGAUGGAAAUGCCUGCGCUGGUGGUAUGCCGAUCCCUCUGAGCUGGAACCAGGUGACAUGGAGACAGACACGAGGGUCAUCGCCACCCGAUACCUCAAAUCGUGGUUCCUCGUUGACCUUAUGUCGACGUUCCCCAUCCCUCAGAUCUUUAUUCUAGGCAUAGUCCCAGCGCUGGGCAAGAGCGUCGCCACAGCAGCCAACACAUGGAUCGCCGUGCUCACCCUCCUCUGCCUCUGCAUCCAGAACAUCCCCCGUGCUGCCCGCUUCUUCCCCCUGCUGGCGGGCACGGCGUCGCACGUGGCGGGCUUUGUGUUUGAGACGGCGUGGGCUAAUUUCCUGCUCAACCUCGUGUUUUAUCUCAUGGCGUCUAACUUCGUGGGAGGGGUGUGGUACAUCCUUGCAAUCGACCGUUUCAGCGAGUGCUUGCAAAACGUCUGUACCAACACCAAAGGCUGCAACCCCUCCUACCUCUACUGCGGCAACACCAACGCCCCAGUCACCACCGUCACCGCUGCGGACCUCUUUUCACCGCAGUACACCGGGAAGAACGUCACCACAUGCCUGUACACCCCUGGGGAUGACGGCAAAACGGACUCCCCCAUCCCGUAUGGGGUGUUUGAGAAUGCCAUCCCGCUCACCUCAAGCCCAGAUGUGGUCUCAAACUACCUCUACUCCUUCUUCUGGGGCCUGCAGCAAGUGAGCACGCUGUGUGGUAACCUGGUGCCAUCACGGUGGGAUGUGGAGGUGCUAUUCGUCAUCGUCGUCACCAUCAUCGGUCUGCUGCUGCUGGCGCUCCUCAUUGGCAACAUCUCCAACUACCUUCAGUCGCUCAACAGAAGGUCCUUUGAGUACCAGUUGCAGCGACAUGACAUUGACUCCUGGAUGCAGCGCAGGAACCUUCCCGUCGACCUCCAGAAGCAGGUGCAGGCGCAGCUGCGGUUGCAGUGGGCGGCGACUAGAGGCGUGGACGAGGCAGAGCUGCUGGACAGUUUUUCCGACUCCAUUCAGAUUGACCUCCGCCGCUCGCUGUGCUUGGAGUUACUACAAUGCUCCAAGCUGUUCUGCGCCAUGGAACCCCCCGUCCUCGACGCCUUCUGCGCGCGCCUGCAGCAGCAGAUCUACACAGCGGGUUCGAUGAUCAUCAGGGAGGGCUACCCCGUCUCGCGCAUCUUCUUCGUCCUCCGCGGGGAGCUCGAGAGCUUCUCAACCUUCGGCGGGCACACGGGGAUGGUGGAUACUGUGGUGCUGGGCAAGGGGGACUUUCUGGGGGAGGAGCUGCUGGUGGAGUGUCUAGAGAGGCUCGCCGCUGCCAGUGGAAAGGGCUCGGGGCGGUCGUUGACUCUCAGGUCAAGAUCCCUCUCGGCCUCGGCAUCGCUCACCAGCUCUGCCAAUCUAUCCCAGCCAUCAGUGGACGUCUUACCAACAGCGCAGCGGUCGGUGCGCUGCCUGGGGCCCGUCGAGGGGUACUCGCUGGAGGCUGCUGACGUGGCGUCUGUGUGCAAGCAGUUUGCACGCAUGCUCUCCACCAACCAUAUACAGCGCGCCCUCAACGAAAUAUGCCACAACAGACGAACUCACGCUGCCCGCACAAUCCAAUUGGCAUUCCGCCGCGGUGCUUAA